AUGUCGACUGUUGAGUCCGGUGAACACAACAACAUCAAAGGGGUUCCAACUCAUGGUGGACGCUACAUUCAGUACAAUAUAUAUGGCAACCUCUUCGAAGUUUCCAGAAAGUAUGUUCCUCCUAUUCGCCCUGUGGGUAGAGGUGCUUAUGGUAUUGUUUGUGCUGCUGUAAAUGCAGAGACUGGCGAGGAAGUUGCCAUUAAGAAGGUUGGCAAUGCAUUUGACAACAGAAUAGAUGCCAAAAGGACCUUACGAGAAAUUAAACUUCUUCGGCACAUGGAUCAUGCAAACAUCAUGUCCAUUAGAGAUAUUAUACGACCUCCACAGAAGGAAAACUUCAAUGAUGUGUACAUUGUUUCUGAGUUAAUGGACACGGAUCUCCAUCAAAUAAUACGGUCCAAUCAACCACUGACUGAUGAUCAUUGUCGGUAUUUUCUGUAUCAAUUGCUUCGUGGGCUCAAAUAUGUACAUUCAGCAAAUGUUUUGCACCGCGAUCUAAAGCCUAGCAAUUUGCUAUUGAAUGCCAAUUGUGACCUUAAGAUUGCAGACUUCGGUCUUGCUAGAACUACAUCUGAAACUGAUUUUAUGACUGAGUAUGUUGUCACUCGAUGGUAUCGAGCUCCCGAAUUGCUUCUUAAUUGUUCAGAAUAUACUGCAGCCAUUGAUAUAUGGUCUGUUGGUUGUAUACUCGGUGAAAUUAUAACAAGACAACCACUCUUUCCUGGCAAAGAUUAUGUUCAUCAGCUGAGACUGGUCACAGAGCUGAUAGGUUCACCCGAUGAUGCUAGCCUUGGAUUUCUACGAAGUGAUAAUGCUCGUAGAUAUGUAAGACAGCUUCCCCAAUAUCCAAAGCAAAACUUUUCCGCUAGAUUUCCCAACAUGUCUCCUGGGGCGGUUGAUUUGCUAGAGAAGAUGCUUAUCUUUGAUCCUAACAGGCGUAUUACAGUUGAUGAGGCAUUGAGCCAUCCAUACAUGGCACCUCUCCAUGACAUCAAUGAGGAACCUGUUUGCACUAGACCUUUCAGUUUUGACUUUGAGCAACCGUCAUUCACUGAAGAAGAUAUCAAGGAACUCAUCUGGAGAGAAUCUGUGAAGUUCAAUCCUCUUCCACCAGUCUACUGA